AUGUCUUCCUACAGGCAGACCUGCAACUACAGCAGUCUCUCACCCUGUGAGGUGACCUGCCCAGAGCCAUACGUGAAUGCCUGGAACCAGCCCUGCGUCACAUCCUGUGGGGACUCCCGUGCUGUGGUCUACUCACCACCCGUGGUCAUCAACUUCCCAGGCCCCAUCCUCAGCUCCUGCCCUCAGGAGAGCUUUGUGGGCAGCUCAGCCCCACUGGAGACAAGCAGCUCCUUUGGCUAUGGGAGCUCCUGGGAUGCCCAGGGCUCCUUGGGGUCUGGUUCCUUCCUAGGUGGCAGGUACUCCUACCCCUGCUAUUCCCACAGCUGCGGGAUAUACUGCCCUUCUAAGCCUUGCAAGGUGGCAAGACCUAGCCGUAACUAG